CGUUUUGCCCAUUUUUUAGGGUUCUUCGCUGUUAGGGUAUCACAGCCAUGGGCAAAGGGGAGUCAUCGUCGAAGAAGAUCGUGAGUCGCGAGGAAUGGGAGCGGAAGCUGGCCGAGGUGAAGAUCCGGAAGGAGGACAUGAACAAGCUGGUGAUGAAUUUCCUGGUGACCGAAGGCUAUGUGGACGCGGCGGAGAAAUUCCAGCACGAAUCGGGCACCUCGCCGGAGGUGGAUUUGGGGUCAAUCACCGACAGAAUGGCGGUGCGCAAGGCGGUGCAGUGCGGCAAUGUGGAGGACGCGAUCGAGAAGGUGAAUGACUUGAAUCCCGAGAUCCUCGACACCAAUCCACAGCUCUUCUUCCACCUCCAGCAACAGAGGCUCAUCGAGCUGAUUAGAAGUGGGAAGCUCGAGGAAGCCUUGGAGUUUGCACAGGAGGAGCUAGCUCCUCGUGGAGAAGAAAACCACAGCUUCCUCGAGGAGCUGGAGCGGACUGUGGCGCUCCUGGCGUUCGAGGACACUUCGAAUUGCCCGGUGGGAGAUUUGCUCGACUUCUCGCAGCGCCAGAAGACUGCGAGUGAAUUGAACGCCGCCAUCCUGACGAGCCAGAGCCACGAGAAGGAUCCAAAGCUUCCCAGCCUGCUCAAGAUGCUCAUCUGGUCCCAGAACCAGCUCGACGAGAAGGUUUCGUAUCCACGGAUCAACGAUAUCGUGGCUGCCAGGCUCGAGGAUCCAGUUACCUGAGGAAAGCUUAUAUACAUUCUUCCUUCCUUUCCUCCAAAAGCUCGCUCGUUAUCGGUUUCUCUCUUCCUCUUUUUCUGUCUCCUCUCUUCUGGAUGUACUUGCGUAGGAAUGGCUGUUAGAUGAUGACCGAAAGUCUGCAAGAAAAAUGAAAAAAAUGUACAUUGCGCAUGAAUUAAUCGAACAUUUUCUCCCUGAAA